UCAGGUGCGUCAGGUGGUGUUACUUCUCACACGAUAUCAAUCAAACCCUGCCUGUUCCUUCAGUAACAGUUUCAAAGGAAACCGGGUUUCGAAGAUUAGAUCAGUGUUAGCUAGUGAUAGUUAGUUGUGUGCGGCCUUCACUAUGUGGUUAGUCACGCUUCUCGCCGUGUUUCUGCUGAAGCCGACAUUACUUUCUUGCCGAGGUCACCGCAUUACGUGUGCUAAUCCAUCUUAUUCAGAUUGGGCGGUGCCCCUGCGAGAGGGGUGGCAGAGCGAUAUGUACAAGUGGAGGCCCUUGCAGGUGUAUGUCAUAUAUAACAACAUAGCAUAUGGUGCAGCCGGAUUGCUUGGCGUUUACAACAGCUCAAAGGAAUUGUUUCAAGUAUCCCCUCCCCAAGACGUGGACGGCCCACCCCUAAGGGUUUCUGGAGUAGGCAUGGUCACCGGUAUCAAUCUUGGAGGGUUCCUGCUAACGCCUAUGGUUGCGGAAAGAUUUUGUGGAUAUUUUAAAUCAUACCUUCGUGGCAAUCGUGAGGCAUCCCUCGCCGACCUUCUUGUAUAUGUAUACGACAUUCGUGAGCUACCAGGUAGACAAAUCGAUCCUGAGCCGGAAUAUUUGCGUCCAUACUACUUGAACAGCAGCAUGAUUUGUACCCAGAUGAACUGCAUCGCUAUCAUUGCUCCAUAUGGCAGUGUUACACUCGCAGACGUCAUGACUACGGUUCGAUACGAAGUCGACGGUGCAGUACAAGCCAGGGGGUUGGAAGCCUACAGAAGGAUACUCAUGGGACUGGACGGGUACCAGUGCUAUAACACGAAGCACGUGUGCUGCGAUGUGAAAUUGGAGGGGAUGGUCACAGGAGAGUAUAAUCCAUUUCCUCAGUAUGAUCCUAAGUAUCAUCAAUAUCCUGAGUAUGACCCUGAGUUUCUUCAAUAUCCUGAGUAUGGUUCAUAUCCUUAGUGUCAUUGGUAUGAUAACUGUGACUACGGUGCGUAGCUUUGCAGCUUGAAUGCCCACGAAUGUGCACAACGACAUUAAAACGUUUAUUUUGUUGUUUAAAUAAAAUUGCUCUCUGGAGUUCUUUCA